GGAAACGCGAGCACUUUCACCGGAAAGGAGGCGCCGUUCUCAUUGACGACCGAGAGCUGCGUUAAUGGCGGUGUCUCGGCGGUCUUCGCAACAACAACAGCAGUCCACAUUGCAGUCUCCACCGAGAAGCAGCUGUCUUUCGUGCGCUGCUCCAGCCUCUUCGGUAGUAAUGGCUAUGCUGGUUUCUACAGGGCCGCCGGAGGUUGAAAGGGAAUGUAGCGGAGAGAUUGAUCUGGCUUUGGCCUCCCCGGACUUGCCAGCACCGGCCAUUGCAAGCAAUUCAAAUUCUACUACUCCGACAGCCUCUGGCGUGGGCAGCAGCGUUUCAAGUCCCGGGUCCGGAGCCGCCAGCCCCACAGACGGUAGCACUAGCAGCAGCAGCAGUAGCAUCGGGGGAGCGCUCAGAGAGUUGUUCGAAGCUUGCCGAAAUGGGGAUGUAUCCCGGGUAAAAAGACUUGUCGACACGGUGAACGUAAACGCAAAAGACAUGGCUGGUCGAAAAUCAACACCGCUUCAUUUUGCUGCGGGAUUUGGUAGAAAAGAUGUAGUGGAGCAUCUCUUACAAACGGGUGCCAAUGUUCACGCAAGGGAUGAUGGGGGCCUCAUUCCCCUCCAUAACGCGUGUUCUUUUGGACAUGCCGAGGUUGUGAGUCUCCUCCUGUGUCAAGGUGCAGAUCCAAAUGCCAGAGAUAACUGGAACUACACACCACUGCACGAAUCUGCUAUCAAAGGAAAGAUAGAUGUUUGCAUCGUGUUACUUCAACACGGAGCUGAUCCGAAUAUACGCAACACGGAUGGGAAAUCUGCUCUGGAUUUGGCCGACUCUUCAGCUAAAGCAGUUCUCACAGGUGAAUACAAGAAGGAUGAACUUCUAGAAGCUGCCAGAAGUGGAAAUGAAGAGAAGCUGAUGGCUCUGCUGACUCCUUUAAAUGUCAACUGUCAUGCCAGUGAUGGUCGCAAGUCAACCUCACAAAAAAUGCUGUCAACUCCCCUCCACUUGGCUGCAGGCUAUAACCGGGUCCGCAUCGUUCAGCUGCUUCUCCAACAUGGAGCGGAUGUGCACGCAAAGGAUAAAGGUGGUCUGGUUCCUCUUCACAAUGCCUGCUCUUAUGGUCACUAUGAAGUGACAGAACUUCUGCUUAAACAUGGGGCCUGUGUGAACGCCAUGGACCUGUGGCAGUUCACCCCCCUCCAUGAAGCUGCAUCCAAAAACAGAAUGGAGGUUUGUUCCCUGCUGCUGAGCCACGGCGCCGAUCCCACCCUGCUCAACUGCCACAGUAAGAGCGCUGUAGACAUGGCCCCCACCCCGGAGCUUAAGGAACGGCUCACCUAUGAGUUCAAGGGCCACUCUCUGCUGCAGGCGGCCCGUGAGGCCGACAUAGCCAAAGUAAAGAAGACCCUGGCUCUGGAAGUUAUUGGCUUCAAACAUCCUCAAACAAAUGAGACAGCUCUGCACUGUGCUGUGGCUUCUCCCCACCCAAAAAGAAAGCAGGUGACAGAGUUGUUGCUGCGUAAAGGUGCCAACAUCAAUGAGAAGAACAAAGACUUUAUGACUCCGCUGCACAUUUCUGCCGAGAGAGCUCACAAUGAUGUCCUGGAAGUGUUACAAAAACAUGGAGCGAAGGUGAAUGCGGUGGACACUCUAGGUCAGACUGCUCUCCACAGAGCUGCUCUGGCAGGUCACAUCCAGACCUGCAAGCUACUGCUGAGUUUUGGAGCAGACGCCGCCAUUGUUUCUUUGCAGGGUUUCACUGCAGCCCAAAUGGGCAACGAGGCAGUGCAACAGAUCCUUAACGAAAAUGUUCCUACACGUAAUUCAGAUGUUGACUACAGAUUUCUGGAAGCUGCCAAAGCGGGGGAUCUGGACACCGUGCAGCAACUUUGUACCCCCCAAAAUGUCAACUGUCGGGAUUUGGAGGGUCGCCACUCCACCCCGCUCCACUUUGCUGCUGGUUACAACAGAGUUGCUGUUGUUGAGUACUUGCUUCAUCAUGGAGCUGAUGUUCAUGCAAAGGACAAAGGUGGCCUGGUUCCCCUCCAUAAUGCAUGCUCAUAUGGCCAUUACGAAGUGGCUGAACUGCUGGUUAGACACGGAGCUUCAGUAAAUGUGGCUGACUUGUGGAAGUUUACGCCACUUCAUGAGGCUGCAGCCAAGGGAAAGUAUGAGAUCUGUAAACUUCUGCUCAAACAUGGAGCUGAUCCCACUAAGAAGAACCGCGAUGGCAACAUUCCAUUGGACAUGGUUAAAGACGGAGACACAGACAUCCAGGAUCUACUGCGAGGUGAUGCCGCCCUCCUUGAUGCUGCCAAGAAGGGCUGUCUGGCUCGAGUGCAGAAGCUUUGCUCCCAGGAGAACAUCAACUGCAGAGAUGCACAAGGGCGCAACUCCACGCCACUACACUUGGCAGCUGGUUACAACAACCUGGAGGUAGCAGAGUAUCUGCUGGAGCAUGGGGCUGAUGUCAAUGCUCAGGACAAAGGUGGCCUUAUCCCUCUUCAUAACGCAGCUUCUUAUGGGCAUGUUGAUAUUGCUGCCCUCCUGAUCAAGUACAACACAUGCGUGAAUGCAACAGACAAAUGGGCUUUCACACCUCUCCAUGAGGCAGCCCAGAAAGGUCGCACUCAACUUUGUGCUCUGCUGUUGGCUCAUGGAGCCGACCCCACCAUGAAGAACCAGGAGGGCCAGACGGCUCUGGACCUGGCCACGGCUGACGACAUCCGAGCUCUAUUAAUGGACGCCAUGCCACCAGACGCCCUGCCCAGCUGCUUUAAGCCUCAAGCAACAGUGGUCAGUGCCUCUGUCAUCUCCCCUGCCUCCACUCCAUCUUGUCUGUCAGCCGCCAGCAGCAUAGACAACUUGGCCGGGCCCCUCACAGAGUUGGCAGCAGCUGCUGCAGGGACAUCAGGGGUGGCAGACGGCGCCACCGGAUCAGACCGCAAAGAAGGAGAGAUGGCAGUGCUGGACAUGAACAUAAGUCAAUUCCUGAAGAGCUUGGGGUUGGAGCAUCUAAGGGACAUCUUCGAGAGGGAGCAGAUCACAUUGGAUGUGUUGGUUGAUAUGGGCCACGAGGAACUGAAAGAAAUAGGGAUUAAUGCGUAUGGCCACCGACACAAACUUAUCAAAGGUGUUGAAAGACUGCUCGGGGGGCAGCAAGGUGCCAAUCCAUACUUGACAUUCCACUGUGCCAACCAAGGCACCAUCUUAAUAGACCUUUCACCUGAUGACAAAGAGUACCAGUCUGUGGAGGAGGAGAUGCAGAGCACUAUCAGAGAGCACAGAGAUGGAGGCAAUGCCGGGGGGGUUUUCAGCAGAUACAACAUCAUCAAGAUUCAAAAGGUUGUAAAUAAAAAACUGCGGGAACGAUGCGCCCACCGACAGAAGGAGAUCGCAGAUGAGAACCACAACCAUCAUAACGAGCGCAUGUUGUUUCAUGGUUCACCGUUCAUCAAUGCCAUCAUCCAUAAAGGCUUUGAUGAGCGUCAUGCUUACAUUGGAGGAAUGUUUGGAGCAGGGAUCUACUUUGCAGAGAACUCUUCAAAGAGCAAUCAGUAUGUCUAUGGCAUCGGUGGUGGUACCGGAUGUCCCACGCACAAAGACAGAUCUUGUUAUCUUUGCCACAGACAAAUGCUGUUCUGUCGGGUGACUCUGGGAAAAUCCUUCCUGCAGUUUAGUGCCAUGAAAAUGGCCCAUGCCCCUCCUGGACAUCAUUCAGUAAUCGGGAGGCCCAGCGUUAACGGUUUGGCUUAUGCGGAGUAUGUCAUCUACAGAGGAGAGCAGGCCUACCCAGAGUACCUCAUCACGUACCAGAUCCUUAAACCAGAGUGUGCAGCCCAGUCUGCUGCAGUAGCUGAACAGAAGUCUUAAUUACUUUAUACUUUGCACAUUUUGAAAAUGACUUUAUGCCUGAUUUUUUUCUCUCCUUUAUAUUGCAAAUGCCUGAACACAUUUUUCCCAUCACCUGACACAUUUCCAGCCUCCUGCCAUGUAGAAACCACGGUGAUCAGUGCAUAAACAAAUAUAACAUACAAUUCUUUUUUAGGCCUCGUUUUAUCUUUAAUAUAUGCAUGCAUAUGAAUACAGAAGCAUGUAAGGUCCAGUAGCUUGUUGUUUCCCUCUUCUUAUGUCCGGGAGGAUUCUGUUAAGAUUUUAAGGCAUGUGCAUAUAUAGUGUGUGGAGAAACCGAAACCCCCUUUAGGCCUCUUCAGAGGCCCAGAAAGUGUUCUGAAAAGACACUCACCACAUCUAUGGGGUUCAUUUUGUGUAGACUGAUUUGUGGUAACAGAAGUUUAUAUUUAUUAAUACUUAUAAUUGUAUUUGACAGGUAACGCAAUGUUAUACUGUAAAGCUUUUGUUUUUUUCCUGUCAACCCCAGAACUCUACAAGUACUAAACUGGUAUGUUUUUAAUGGUUUUAUUCAAGGAUGCACACACCUAAUUGUGAAAGGACUCUCUGUCAAAUUAUACUUGGGACUAUUUUCCUCACAUAACAAUGCUGAUUUGCAUGAGAGAUGGGUGCCAAGCAGUGCUAUGUGAGUCAUCGUCUGGACGUUUAGUAACAUUUGCAUUUCAAAGCAUUACACAAGUUCAUGCAUUAUACAGGGGAAAUUGAUGGAUGUGGAAAUGUGCACAAUGGUUACUACCCCACAGCAAAUGAGCUCAUUGCAACACGUGCUCUGUUGCCAUGGAUUAACUGUUACACAUAAGGAUUGCACUUUUACAUAGAAAGCUAUUUAAUUUAUUUUCAAUUGAGAUUCAAAAUUUGUGGGGGGAAAAGAUUUGUACAGAUUGUGUAAAUGGUUGUGUAUAACUUGCUGUUAAACAGUAUCUUUGAGUUCAACUGUAAAUGACACACAUUUUCCUUUCAUGUCUUUUGGGUUCUACCCCCCCCCCCCCCUUAUUUUUUUUAAAUAAAUCUCCCAUUAACAGCU